CUCUCAGCCGGGGCCGACAUCUUUAGGCUUCUCUGCCGGGGGGAGUGGGACUGAGCUGAAUAUUCUCCCGUUUAUAUUGGGGGGCUCUGGAACCAGGGGAGAUGGCGGAACACGAAGGCUUAGAGUUUGGAAAAGCCGACUUUGUGCUUCUGGAUCAGGUGACCAUGGACGCAUUUAUGGCCAAUAUGAAACUAAGGUUUGAGAGGGGCAGGAUUUACACCUACAUUGGGGAGGUUGUUGUGUCAGUGAACCCCUACAGAUCCAUGGAACUCUAUGGGAAAGAAAUGAUCGACUUUUACCGGGGCCGGGAGUUGUACGAGCGCCCCCCACACCUAUACGCCAUCGCAGACGCCGCCUAUAAAGCCAUGAAGCGCCGCGCUAAGGACACCUGCAUUGUCAUAUCCGGAGAGAGUGGUUCUGGGAAGACAGAAGCCAGUAAAUAUAUCAUGCAGUAUAUAGCAGCCAUUACCAACCCAACCCAGCGGCAGGAGGUGGAGAGGGUAAAGAACAUCCUGCUGAAGUCUAACUGCCUCCUGGAAGCCUUCGGCAAUGCCAAGACCAACCGCAACGACAAUUCCAGCCGCUUCGGCAAGUACAUGGACAUCAACUUCGACUUCAAAGGCGACCCCACUGGGGGGCACAUCAGUAAUUACCUGCUGGAGAAGUCCCGAGUCCUAAAGCAGCAGCCGGGGGAGAGAAACUUCCACUCUUUCUACCAGCUUCUUUGUGGGGCUUCGGAGGAGCAGCUGAACUCAUUCCACCUUCAGAGAGACCCCGCAUUCUACACAUUCACCAGAGAUGGCGUCACACUCAACAAUUUUCCCAUCAGUGACAAGUCGAGCUAUAAGGCUGUAUUGGAUUCUAUGAAGGUGAUCGGGUUCCGCCCGGAGGAGAUGGAUUCAGUGUACAGGAUACUGGCAGCAAUACUCCAUCUGGGGAAUCUGGGCUUCGACACGGACGGCGACUCGGUGAUCAUAAACAACGAGGAACUGGUGCCCCACAUUGCCCAGCUGACCCACUGCCCCGCCCACUGCGUCAUGAAGACCCUCCUCUAUAGGAUGGUGGCAACUGGGGGCGGAGACGUAAUUGAGAAAGGGCACAACCUUAAAGAGGCCAGUUACGCCAGGGACGCCUGUGCCAAGGCCUUCUACGAGCGGCUGUUCUGUUGGAUUGUGGGUCGGAUUAACAGCGUGAUAGAAGUGAAGAAUUACGACGCCCGAAUCCACGGCAAAAACACGGUGAUCGGCGUCCUGGAUAUUUACGGCUUCGAGAUUUUUGACAAUAACAGCUUUGAGCAAUUCUGCAUUAAUUACUGCAACGAGAAGCUGCAGCAGCUGUUUAUUGAGCUGAUCCUGCGGCAGGAGCAGGACGAGUACCAGCGGGAGGGCAUCGAGUGGCAACACAUCGACUACUUCAACAACCAAAUCAUCGUUGACCUGGUGGAACAGCCACACAAGGGGAUCAUCUCCAUCUUGGACGAGGCAUGUCUGACAGUGGGGGAGGUCACCGACACUAUAUUCCUGGAAUCGAUGAACACCAAGCUGUGCAAACACCCCCACUAUACCAGCAGAAAGCUGUCACCGACGGACAAAUCCAUGGCAUUUAACCGCGACUUCCGGAUCAAGCAUUACGCCGGGUUUGUCACAUAUUCGGUGGAAGGAUUUUUAGACAAGAACAAGGACACGUUAUUCCAAGACUUCAAGCGCCUGAUGUAUAACAGUAAGGAUCCUGUACUGAGAGACAUGUGGCCAGACGGACAGCUCAGCAUUAGCGAGGUCACCAAGCGCCCCCUGACAGCCGCCACCCUCUUCAAGAACUCCAUGAUCUCAUUGGUUGACAAUCUGGCCUGUAAGGAGCCGUAUUAUGUGCGCUGCAUCAAGCCCAAUGACCAGAAGGCCCCGCACCUGUUUGAUGAGCAGAGGUGUCGCCACCAGGUGGAGUACUUGGGGCUGUUGGAGAACGUCCGCGUCAGGAGGGCCGGAUUUGCCUACCGACAGCCAUACGAGAGAUUCCUGCUCAGGUACAAGAUGACCUGUGAAUACACCUGGCCCAAUCACCUGAUGGACUCGGACAUGGAAGCCGCCAAAGCCUUGAUCGACCAUCACAGGUUCGAGGAUGACGUGGCCUAUGGCCGUACCAAGGUUUUCAUUCGGACGCCCCAGACCCUCUUCAGCUUAGAGGAGGAACGCGCUGAGCUGAUGCCGCUUAUCAUCCUCUUCCUGCAGAAGCUUUGGCGUGGGACGGUGGCGCGGAUGCGGUUCAAGAAGCUGCGGGCGGUUUAUGCCAUCAUGAGGCACUACAAGUGCUACAAGGUCAGGUCCCAUUUGCUGGAGGUGGUCAAUCGAUUCCAGCAGGUGCGCAACAUGCCCGACUUUGGGAAGAGCGUGGAGUGGCCGGAACCCCCGACUGUGCUGGAAAAGUUCCAGGAGAUCAGCCGGAACCUUUUUAAGAGAUGGAGGGCCAGGCAGAUAGUGAGGAACAUCCCCCCCUCGGAUAUGGCUCAGAUCAAGGCCAAAGUGGCCGCCAUGGAGGCGCUGCAGGAUCUCCGUUAUGACAUUGGCUACGAGCGAGCCUGGAGGCACGACUACCUGUCCUGUGAGAAAGACAACCCUCUGGCAGCUUCUCAGUUUUCCAAAAUCCUUCAGGAGCUGAAGAAGAAAGAGAGUCGCCUGUCAGUGCUGUUUUCAUGCCACAUCCGGAAGAUUAAUCGCUUCAGCAAGUGCAAGGACAGGGCCCUGCUGAUCACCGAGCAUCACCUCUACAAAAUGGAGCCCAAGAAACAAUACAAAGUGAUCAAGGUGAUUCCACUCAGCACGGUGACGGGGCUGAGCAUCACCGGGGGGCGGGACCAGCUGGCGGUGCUACACACCCGGAAGCAUGAGGAUAUGGCCUUCUGCCUACACAAGAUGGAGCCGGCCAAUGAGAGCCGCCUGGGGGAACUGGUGGGCACCCUGGCCAAUCACUUCAACUCGCAGAGGUGGGAGCUGUCGGUAAAGGUAACAGAUUGCAUCCAAAUGAAUGUCCAUGGCAGGAGACGACUAGUUUCCGUGGAGACGCGCAAUAGCAUAGCUCAGCCUGAUUUCUGCAAAGGCCGCAAUGGCCUGGUGCUGCUCUGGCCGGGAAAGUGAGCCUGACCAGAAAGCGAGCCUGACCAGAAAGCGAGCCUGACCAGAAAGCGAGCCUGACCAGAAAGCGAGCCUGACCAGAAAGCGAGCCUGACCAAGUUUGCUCUUCACCUCGGAUGCAAUGUGUUUCUCUCCGUCCUGGUUUGUACAUAACAGCGGCCCCCAAUCGCUGAAUUUUGAGGAAACAGUCUCACGUUAACGAGCUCUACCUGCUAAUUUACUGCUCCAUGUGAACAACAUCUGUAUAUAUUCUAGGCAGGAAGGUGCUUUAUUUAUAGACGCUGGUGCUUAUUACACAGACCCACUGGAAAUGUUAUGGCGCCUAUUACAUACCUGCACAGGGACCUGUAAUAAGCAACGUGGUUAUACUGUUUGUCGUUUUUUCUUAUUUUUAUAAAAAUCAGUUUUAUAAAUCA